CGGCUACACCGGCCCGCCUGGCUUCCUUCCGCACUCCAUUGCUGUCCUGCUAUGGCGUCCGCGCUGGUGCGGUUGGUCCAGCAGGGCCCUCGUUGCCUCUUGGCUCCAGCCGCCCCAACUCUGGUUCCUCCGGUUCGGGGAGUAAAGAAGGGGUUCCGUGCCGCCCUCCGCUUCCAGAAGGAGCUGGAGCGCUGGCGCCUGCUGCGCUGCCCGCCGCCGCCCGUGAGACGUUCAGAGAAGCCGAACUGGGACUACCAUGCUGAAAUACAAGCUUUUGGACAUCGGUUACAAGAAACCUUUUCCUUAGAUCUUCUCAAAACUGCAUUUGUUAAUAGCUGCUACAUUAAAAGUGAAGAGGCGAAACGCCAGAAACUUGGGAUAGAGAAAGAAGCCGUUCUUCUGAAUCUCAAAGAUAAUCAAGAACUCUUUGAACAAGGGAUAUCUUUUUCACAUACGUGCCUCACACAGUUCCUUGAAGAUGAAUUCCCAGACUUGCCCCCUGAAGGCAUUGAAAGUCUGGUUAACUUUCUUACUGGUGAGCAAGUCGUGUGUCACGUGGCUAGUAACCUGGCUGUAGAGCAGUUGACCCUCAGUGCAGAAUUUCCAGUCCCUCUGCCUGUAUUGCAUCAGACUUUCUUUGCAGUGGUUGGAGCCCUGCUGCAGAGCAGCGGUCCUGAAAGGACUGCGCUUUUCAUCAGGGACUUCUUAAUUACUCAGAUGACUGGAAAAGAGCUCUUUGAGAUGUGGUCAGUCAUGAAUCCCAUGGGGCUGCUGGUGGAAGAAUUGAAGAAGAGAAACUUCUCAGCUCCGGAAUCUAGACUCACCAGGCAGUCUGGGAGCACAACAGCUUUGCCGCUGUACUUUGUUGGCUUAUACUGUGACAAAAAGCUGAUUGCAGAGGGUCCUGGGGAAACGGUCAUGGUCGCAGAGGAAGAAGCUGCUCGAGUAGCACUGAGGAAACUGUAUGGGUUCACAGAAAACAGAAGACCCUGGGAUUAUUCCAAGCCCAAAGAGAGCCUGAGAGCAGAGAAGAGCAGCACUGCCAGCCAGCCAGCCAGCACUGUAGCCCUGUCACAUCUGUGAGCAAGAUACCGAGACAGAUGCCAGGCGUUCCCAGCCCAGCGCAUCACGUCACAGAGGAGUGCGUUGAUCUUUGUACUGCGUUCCUAAAAUUAAAUGUUUGUCAGAUCACA